CGCGGCGUACAGGGAAGUAAGUGCUUGCUCCGACUUUCGCGGUCGGGCUCUGCGCUUCCAGCCGGGCGCCGAGAGACCCGAGGUGGCGCGUCGCAGAGCCGGACGCUUAUGUGCAGAUGAAGAGGAGUCCCUAGUUCAACAGAACUGUUUAAGGAAGAGGACUGUUUUGUACCCGGAAUAUUUGUUACCUUCCAAUAACUGGAUCAGAAGAUGAACCCAACUAACCCUUUCAGUGGGCAGCAGCCUAGUGCUUUUCCACCACCUUCCAGUAGUUCCAUAGGGCCAUUUCCAACGAAGCCGCCAUUUCGAUUUGGUCAGCCUUCUCUUUUUGGACAAAACAAUACAUUAUCUGGGAAAAGCUCAGGAUUUUCACAGGUAUCCAGCUUUCCAGCAGCUUCUGGAGUAGGUCAUUCUCCUUCAGCACAAACAUUAGGAUUCUCCAACACCUCAAACGUUGGACUCUUUUCUGGACUUGAACACACUCCGACCUUUGUAGCUACCUCUGGGCCUUCAAGUUCGUGUGCGCCUGGAAACCCUGGAUUUAGCUUUAAGUCACCCAACCUGGGGGCUUUCCCAAGUACUUCUGCUUUUGGACCAGAAACUGGAGAAGUCGCAAGCUCUGGUUUUGGGAAAACAGAAUUCAGCUUUAAACCUCUGGAAAAUUCAAUGUUCAGACCAAUCCUGGGGGCUGAAUCUGAGCCAGAGAAAACCCAGAGCCAAGUUACUUCUGGGUUUUUCACAUUUUCCCACCCCAUUAGUAGUGGACCUGCAGGACUGGCCCCAUUUCCUUUUACUCAGGUGACAAGUGGUUCAGCUACCAAUUCAAAUUUUACCUUUUCGAAAUCAGUUGAUAGUAACUCCUCAUCUCCCUUUACCCCUGCUUUGUCAAACCAAAAUGCGGAGGAAGAGAAGCGAGGCUCCAAGUCACUGUUUGGAAGUCCUAAUAGUAGCUUCACUAGCUUCCCCAUGUCUUCUUCAGGGUCUCUGGGGGAACCCUUCCCAGUUAGCAAAGCGGGUGUUCGGCAAGGCUGUGAGGAAGCGGUCUCCCCAGUGGAGCCGGGGCCCAGCCUCAUGAAAGGACUGAAAAGGAAGGAGGACCAGGACCGCUCCCCGAGGAGACAUGGCCAUGACGCUGUCGAAGACUCAGACUCUCUAUCACGGGGCGAUCAUCCCCCAGAUAAACGGCCCGUCCGCCUGAAUCGACCCCGGGGAGGCACGCUGUUUGGGCGGACAAUACAGGAUGUCUUCAAAAGCAAUAAAGAAGUCGGUCGUCUGGGCAACAAGGAAUCUAGAAAGGAAAUUGGCUGUGCUGAGUCUGGGGAAAAUGACCACAUGGCCAUCCCAGGAGGGAGUCAGUCUGUUCUGGCACCAUCCCGCCUUUCAGGUGUGAACAAAGAAGAAGAAACUGAAAGUAGAGAUAAAAAAGAAGAUUUUCUAAGAGGAACUCCUGGGCGCCAGAGUAAAAGAAGUGAGAGCACAGACAGUCUUGGGGGCUUCCCUUCCACUGAAAUCACAGCGAUCCAGUGCAAGAACAUUCCCGACUAUCUCAAUAAUAGAGCCACUCUGGAGAACCACUUCGGCAAAAUCGCCAAAGUGCAGCGCAUCUAUACGAGACGCAACAAAAAGCUUGCUGUGGUGUAUUUUUUUGAUCAUGCGUCUGCAGCCCUGGCCCGGAAGAAGGGGAAAGGUUUGCACGAGGACGUGGCUAUCUUUUGGCAUAAGAAGAAAAUAAGUCCCAACAAGAAACCCUUUUCCCUCAAGGAGAAGAAACCAGGCGAGGGUGAUGCUGGCCAGGCCCCUGAGGACACACCCUUUCAGCACUCCCCUCUUGGCAAGCCCACGGCGAGGGUUGCAGCUGGCAGCCUCGUGACUAAAAGCUCCCCCGUGAAGAAGCCCGGUCUCCUGAAGGUCCAUCCGCUGGAGGGGGACCCUUUCGACUCGGGCUCUGAGGCCUCGGAAGGCACCGGGCCGAGUGUGUCCUCACUCAGUGCCCUCAUAGGCACUGUGGCCGAGACAUCCGAGGAGAAGUUCCGCCUGCUUGACCAGAGGGACAGAGUCAUGCGGCAAGGUAUGGUGGCUGCCUCUCCACAGAGGACCAGACCUGGGCAGGUGGGCACGGCGAGGCACACGCAACCUUUCUCUGAGCAACAGCGGUUCGAGUCCCGGCCCGAGCUGAGCUGCCAACAGCUGCGUGUCCCCCUCGUGUCCCAGGUGGACCAUGCAGUGGCUGUGAAAGAGUACAGCCGCUCGUCAGCAGACCAGGAGGAGCCACUGCCACACGAGCUGCGGCCCUUGGUGGUUCUCAGCCGGACCAUGGACUACCUGGUGACCCACGUCAUGGAUCGGACGGACGGCAGCCUGCGGGACUGGUACGACUUCCUGUGGAACCGUACACGGGGCAUACGGAAGGACAUCACGCAGCAGCACCUGUGCGACCCUGUGACGGUGUCCCUGAUCGAGAAGUGCGCCCGGCUGCACAUCCACUGCGCUCACUUCAUGUGUGAGGAGCCCAUGUCCUCCUUCGACGCCAAGAUCAACAACGAGAACAUGACUAAGUGCCUACAGAGCCUGAAGGAGAUGUACCAGGACCUACGGGGCAGGGGCGUGUCCUGCGCCAGCGAGGCUGAGUUCCGUGGCUACAACGUGCUCCUGAACCUCAACAAGGGGGACAUCCUCAGCAUUGACAGUUUUCUCUCAUACACAAAGCCUUCACAGCCAACCUGUUCUGUGCUUCCUUUAUGGAGGUGUUUCCUUCACCUUCAUUCCUGGGCGUCUGCCAUUGAGCACGUGGCCAGAGUCCCCAUGCCUGGGGCCCGUAGGCCUGACUGCUUCCCCGGGGUGGGGACGGCAGGACCCCUGUCCCCCAUGGGGCUGGCCUCUGUGGUCCUGGCGCAGCUGUCCGCAGUGAUUGGCUUCUGCUUUCAGAUCCGCAAGGAUGCCCUGCGGGCACUGAACGUCGCCUACACCGUGAGCACACAGCGGGCCACCGCGUUCCCGCUGGACGGCGUGGUGCGCAUGCUGCUGUUCAGGGACUGCGAGGAGGCCACAGACUUCCUCAGCUACCAUGGCCUCGCCGUCGCUGACGGCUGUGUCGAGCUGAACCGGUCCUCGUUCCUGGAACCAGAAGGGCUCUUCAAGGCCAGGAAGUCAGGGUUUGUUACCAGGAAGCUGACGGUGUCGGUUGGGGAAAUCGUGAAUGGAGGGCCGUUGCCCCCCGUCCCUCGCCACAGCCCUGUGUGCAGCUUCAACGCGCAGAACAAGUAUGUCGGGGAGAGCCUGGCCACAGAGCUGCCCGUGGGCCCCCAGCGACCCGGCUUGGACACAGCAGGUGAGGUCCUGACUCCGACCCCGAGCGUGGUGCCCAGCCUCUUCCCGACCGCCUUGCAGCCCUCCGUGCCCCUGGAGCUUCCUGCCAAGCCUGCGCCCGUGUACUCUGAUGCGGACCUGGUGCAGGUGGUGGACGAGCUCAUCCAGGAGGUUCUUCAGAAGGACUGCGAGGAACUCUGCGCCGCGGGGGCGGCCUUCGCGGCCACGGCCCUGGGUGUCUCCAGUGCCACGAUGGAGGAGCUGCUGACAGCUGCAACCUCGGGCAUCCUGAGGCACAUUGCUGCUGAAGAAGUGACUAAGGAGAGGGAGCGGAAGGAGGAGGAGAGACGUCGGGUGGAAGAGGAGAGGUUGAAACAAGAAAGAGAACUGCUGUUAACUCAGCUGAGCCAGGGCCUGGCUGUAGAGCUGACAGAACUGGUGGUGGCGGAAGGUGUGAGGGAAACCUGCUGCCAGGAGUUCAAGAGUGCCGUGGAGACAGACCAGAGGGUCCGCAUGGCCCGUUGCUGUGAGGACGUCUGUGCCCAGCUGGUGGACUUGUUUCUCGGGGAGGAGAUUUUCCAGACGGCCAGGGAGACCCUCCAGGAGCUGCAGUGCUAUUGCAGCUACCUCCAGCGGUGGAAGGAGGCUGUCACCGCCCGGAAGAAGCUGAGGCGGCAGAUGCGGGCCUUCCCAGCUGCGCCCUGCAGUGUGGACACAAAGGAUCAGCUGAGGGCACUGGCCCCCAGCGCGGAGUGUCCCAUUGCCAAGGAGAACCUGGCCAGAGGCCUCCUGCACCUGGGCCACGCGGGGAAAGUGGGCAUCUCCUGUACCAGGUUACAGUGGCUCAGGAGCCGGACUGCACACCAGAUGAAGGCCCAGCACUUCCACCAGCGGCUGCUGAGUGAUGCAGCGUGGGCACCCCUGGACCUGCCGCACCUCGUGGCUGAGCACCUCCCUGGCGGGCAGGAGCACGUGUUCUGGAAGCUGGUGCUGCUGUUGCCCGGCGAAGGCGAUGGAGAAGAGCUGUCCCCAGGGAGUCCUGGCAGCCCUGGUGCGUCCGUCCUGAUGGUCUGGGUACCAUUCCAGGUGGUCCACGGUGCGCUCGGUGAUGGGGACCUGGACGCCGUGGAGGCCCAGAAGGAGCUCCUGGGUGCCCGUGGGCUGGUGCUGCUGCUGGCCCCCCAAGUGAGGAGUGAGGACGUGGCGGAGGAGGACACGUACUGGCCGUCGGCACUGCUGCAGCUCAAGCAGCUCCUGCAGGCCAAGCCCCUGUGGCCCGCGCUGCCGCUUGCAGUUCUUGUGCCCGGCCUGGGCGGGGUCACUGUGCAGCAGCAAGUGGAGGACGGCCUGAUGCUCCAGGACUUGGUUUCAGCCAAGCUGAUUUCAGAUUAUACUGUCGUGCAGAUUCCCGACUCCAUUAACGACUUACAAGGCACAGACAAGGUUUCGCAGGCCGUGCAGUGGCUGGUCUCCCGCUGCCCCUGUACCCCUGACCUUUGCUGCCAGACCCUCAUCCAGUAUGUGGAAGAUGGGGUUGGCCGUGAGUUUAGUGGCCGAUUUUUUCAUGACCGAAGAGAGAGGCGGCUGGGGGGCCUGGCCUCGCAGGAGCCCGCUGCCAUCAUCGAGCUGUUCAACAGCGUGCUGCACUUCCUGGCCUCUGCGGUGUCCUCCGAGCAGCUCUGCGACCUGUCCUGGCCUGUCACCGAGUUUGCUGAGGCCGGAGGCAGCCGGCUGCUUCCUCACCGGCACUGGAAUGCCCCGGAGCACCUGGCCUGGCUGAAGCAGGCAGUGCUGGGCUUUCAGCUCCCACAGAUGGACCAGCCACCCCCGGGGGCUCCCUGGCGUCCCGUGUGCUCCAUGGUCACCCAGUACGCCUCCCAGAUCCCCAGCAGCCGCCAGACGCAGCCCGUCCUCCAGUGCCAGGUGCAGCAUCUGCUCGGAAGAGCCUAUGGCAGGUGGAAGAGCAAGAGCCCUGCCCUGGGCUGCGGGGCUGGGCCCUCGGUCGCUGAAAUCCCGUGGGACGACAUCAUCGCCUUGUGUGUCCACCACAGGCUGAGGGACUGGACACCCCCCAGGCUCCCCGUCACGUCAGAGGCACUGAGUGAAGAUGGCCAGAUAUGUGUAUAUUUUUUUAAAGAACAUUUGAAAAACUAUGCUGUUCCUUUAUCGUGGGAACAAGCCAGAAUGCAGACACAGAAGCAGCUCCAGCUGAGUCAAGGCUGCUUGGGGAUGAAGCCUUCGCAUCCUUCUGCCGGCAAGUUUCCCACUCCGCCGUUGCUUCGUGGGCACCACAGAGGGAAGAGGAGUGCGGAGCGAGGCCCAGAGGGGCGGGUGCCCAGCACGGAGCAGCUGAUGUGCGGGGCCUCUGCCCAGGAGCUCCUGGCCCAGCGUCUGUCCAGCCGGCUGCUGCUGGAGCGAGAGGACAGCAAGAGGUUUGACUGUCAGCUGCAGCAGUGGUUGUCUGAAGACACGGGACUGCAUGCAGACACACCUUCCCUCCCCCUCUACCUGCCUCAGACUCUGGUGUCUGUGCCCCAGACUCUCGCUUCUGCGAGGAAGACCCUUGCAGCUCUCGGCCCGCAGAAUGAAAAGAGAAGGGACCAACUGCAGUUGUCAGAGGCAACAGGCCCAUCUCUGAGUGAACGGCUGCGGCACCUGGAAAGGCUGAUCCAGACAUCAAGGGAAGAGGAGGUGGCCUCUGAGCUCCAUCUCUCGGUGCUGCUGGACAUGGUGGACAUAUGAACUGUGGACCCGGCAGGGGACUGCUAUUCCGAUGCUUGAUGCACUGUUGGAAAUGUGACUACUGGUCACAUAGAUAACCAUUUCACUUCUACGUGUGUCUUUGAUCAUCUGUUUUCAUGGUCUCCUCAGACUGUCAUCCACCAACGUGCUCUGAGGAAGCUUGCGGCUUGCAUCUCUGUGUGUUAACAAGUUGUCAUUCAUUGUCUCGGCGAGGUUGCAGCCCCAGAUGUGCCAGAGAUCAGCACUGCAGGGAUGCCUGAGGCACAGGGGCCCUGCCCAGCAGGCCCUGCCAGCUCAUGUGAGAGCCCACUGCAUGCACAGCUCUGCACGUGGGCACAGGCAUGCACCUGGACUGAAAGCGGGGGAUGAGGGGCCAGGGUGAGGUAAGAGCACAAUUCCUGGAGAGGAGUGAGUGCAGGGAGGGGGAUGUGUGUGUGUGUGUGUGGGGGGGGCUGGGGAGAGUACCUGAGGAUGGAUGAAAGCCCACAGGUGCCAAGUGAGGGACAUGCCUGACCGGACACCCUUGACGCCUUAUUCUGAAUGCUGUGGGAAUCCACUGUCAGAGGAUAUUAGCCAGAGAAAUGACUUGGUCACAUUUUCCUUUAAAAAUGGCUAAUGGGGAAGGCCAGCAACACAAGGCAGGAAUCCUAAAGGGGGUGCUGCAGCUGUCCAGGUGAAGGGGGAGGGGACAGUCCUGAGUUUGCUAGCAGUCGGUGUGCGGAAAGCCACAUACGGGAAGAGGCGCUCAGACGGGGUGCUGAGUAUGACCACCAGUGUCAGGCAGGCUCCCAGCAUCUCCCUGGACUGUAACCCUCCGUCCCCUAGUCUGCGAGAAGACUGUUUCAUGCCUUCUCAUUCUCCAGACCUCCAGCAUCCUUAGAUGUAGGCCUUGCUUUGGAUUUCACUGAGAAAACAAGCAAAGAAAAAAACUUCCUCCCUCACCCGCCCCCAUCCCUACCAAAUCCACCAACCAAUCCCCACUUCCCAGAACAAACACUGUUCAACUCUUCUUGGGUUUUCGUCAGUGAUCAACUUUGUGCUUAUCAAUAAAGACUUUCAAACAGUGC